UUCGAAUGCAAUACAAAUAUCAAGUGUCCAACUUCGCCUGUAACACGAACUGAGGUAUUUUUGAACCUCCGCUCUUCACCACUCGAAUUCAUCAUGGCGAGCAUUGGGAUCGAUCUUGGCACGACGCAUGCGUGCGUGGGUGUGUGGGCCAACGGCAAGGUGUCCGUCAUCGCGAACGACCAAGGCUUUCGUACCACGCCGUGCAUCGUGUCCUUCGCCAGCGACGACGUCGUGGUGGGCGACUCGGCGGUCGCGAAACUCCACAACAACGCCGCCAACACGGUGUACCACUUGAAGCGUGUGCUCGGCAAGAAGCACAAGGAGGUUCAUGAGCACGACUACGUCAAGGACUGGAGCUUCGACUUGGCCGCGGACACGCAUGGCGCGCCCAUUGCCAAGAUUCUGGACGGAUCCCGCGACAUCUCGUCGGUGGAAUUUUGCACGAUCGUGCUGCGCAAACUCAAGGCGUUGGCCGAAGACUACACGGGUGUGGUCGUGAAGAACGCCGUGCUGACUGUCCCGGAAGGCUAUUCCGACGAGCAAAAGGCUCUGUUGGAGGAAGCCGCGACCGCCGCGGACUUGAGUGUGUUGCGCUACAUCAGUGAACCCAUCGCCGCCGCCAUUGCGUACGGAUUGGACGAAGACAAGAAGAACGAGUCCAAGUUGGUCGUGGUGGUCGACAUUGGCGGGGCGUCCACGGACUUGACGCUCUUGAGCAUCGACAAGGGCCUGUUCAACGUGAUCGCGACAGCGAGCGACCACGCGUUGGGCGGCGAAGUGUUCACCAACUCGAUCGUGGAGCACUGCGUCAAGGCGUUCGAACGCCAAAAGAAGGUGACAAUCGCCGCCGACAACACUCGCGCGCUGCACCGCGUCAAGGUGGCGAGCGAGCAAGCCAAGAAGUCGCUGUCCACGCAGUCCCAAGUGACUAUCGAAGUGGACUCGCUAGCCGACGGCCAAGACUUGAUCGUUAAGCUGUCUCGAUCCCGCUUUGAAGACAUGGUCAGCGACCACGUCCGCAAGGUGACCAAGGAUAUCGCGGCGCUGUUGGACGGCGCAGGGUACGCCAAGGACACGAUCGACCAUGUGCUGCUCGUGGGCGGGUCCUCCCGCAUCCCCAAGGCGCAAUCCGCCGUCGAAGACUUCUUUGACGGGAAGAAGGCCCUCGUGUCCAUCGCCCCCGACGAGGCGGUUGCGUUCGGCGCGACCGUCGAAAGUGCGACGCUGUCCGAGACGGCCGACUGGACGCUCCCCACCGACCCCCACAACAAUGUCGAGGCGGUGCCCCUGACGCUGUCGCUUGGGUUGGCGGACGGCACCGUGUACGAGAUGAUCCACCGCGGCACGGUCCUCCCCGCCAACGUUCAAGAAGUGUUUACCACGAACGCUGACAACCAAGAUGCCGUGUACCUGCAGGUGUAUGAAGGCCAGCGAGUGCUAAAGAAGGACAACACGUUGCUGGCCAACUUGACUUUGAGCGGCAUCCCGCCGGCCCCCAAGGGCGAGUCCGAGGUCGAAGUGUCGUUCAAUGUGACCCGCAAAGGCCAGCUGACGGUCAAGGCGCAUGUUCGGAAUGCCGAGGGCGGCAGCAAGGCUCUGGUCGUGUCGAGCGACUCGAGUCGCGUGGUGGAUGUGGACGCGAUUGUCGACGCGGCGGAAGCGGCGGCCGAAGAGGACGAUGCCAUCCUCGCCGAGUUGGAAGCCAAGCAAGAAGCAGAAGAGCUCGCGGCGGCGGUCGGCGCGGGUGCCGCGUCUACCGGGGCCCAAGGCGAAGACAUGGAUUAAACGAAUAAUAGUGUUACAAGGCAACACAUAUACUAACUACGUCGUAUCGUACAGUGGAGGACAUGUUAUGUAAAGCAAAUCGUCAGUCGGUGGCAGGAGGUCGCAGCAGCUGCUGCACCAGGAUGCGGGCGUUCUGUGCAAACAAAGCCGGACGCGGCACUCGGUCCGGAAUCCGAUCGAGGGCGUCCGGUGCGUACGCGGGGAAGUGGACGGACGGCGGCGGCGGGAGUGGCAACGACGCCAUAUACGCCACUCGGGGGAAGAUCAAGUCGGCAUUGAGGCGGAUCAGCGCUUGAAACAGCGCGACGGCCUGCUCUUGCAGCGGCGGCG